AUGUAUCAACUUCUCAAAGAUUUGCCUCCGCGAUUCAUUCAGGACACAUAUGCUACAAUCAAGGUAAAGGUUUUCCGGAAGGUGAAGGGAAGAUAUACCACCGACGACGGAACAACGCCGACUCUCUCCUUCCUACUUGUUGACGAGGAAGGAACGAAGAUCCAUGCAGCCGUCAAUGAUCUGGCUUAUGGAACUUUCGAGGACGUUCCCGAAGGAGCGUGGAUAAAAAUCGCCAGCGCUGUUGUCUCGAGCGCAACUUGGAAAGAUCCAAACCAUUUGUUAUCCACGCACAUGUCAAUGCUCAUCAUCCCGUCAACGGCAACCUGCAGUCCAAUCCCUCCGUUGUCGGACCACCACUUCUUCAAUUUCACUUCCUUCGAAGAAGUGAAUUCGGGAUUCUUCAAUAUUGCGUACCCAAUUGAUUUGAUCGGGACUAUCCACACCGUCGGGAAGUUAUCGCCGACGAAGAAUAGCGCUGGGGCGGAAAGGUCAAUCCCUUUCACCAUCACGAACGCCAGAAACGUCGAGCUCUACUGUAUUGCCUAUGGAAGAGUGGCUGAGGAGUUCUCAUACCACUGGUUACGUCCUCAUGGAGCGGUUGUCCGCUGUAUCCUAAGUGAGUGGAGGGUCUCGCGUUCCAGAGUGAUGCACAGCAUGAGUUACGAAGACAUGAUCGUCGACGGUGGAGAAUACUGCCGCUUUUGGUUCGAUCCUGAUAUGCCUGGCCUCCCCCCAAUGGUGCGCAGGAAUGAAGGAGAGGAUGCAAAUUUCUCGGAGGUGGUGGAAAUGGGAGACAAUUCUUCGGCAUAA